UAAUCACAAUAUUUAUGCUAAUCUUUCUCAUUAUCACCUUCAUCCUCUAACAAAACCCUAGCUGUCACCUCCUUCAUCUCUCCCAUGACCUCGCCGUCACACAUUCAUGGCCGUGCCGCCACCACCACUCCUUCUUACUCCUGACCUCGUUUCCUUCGUUCUCAACCGCGCCACCGCCAUGCUCUUCUGUGUUCAGCGCCGCCGCCACGCUCCUCCUCUGUUACUGUGACCGGCUCCGUCGCACGCUCCUCGCCGGUUCCAGCGCCGAUCUCCCUCACGAGGUCCGAUCCGCCGCUUUUUGGUUGUGAAGCUUCUCAGAUCUGGUUUCCCUGCGGCGGUCUGCGGUUUGGAUCCCGCGGUGGUUCUGGUGGACUGAGGGGAGCAUGGAGGUUUACGAGAUCUGGAAAUGAAAAAUCCAGAUCUGUUUUUGCAGAGAUUGAAGAACACCAUGAUGAAGAUGAAGACAACGGAAGCCAUAGUGAGUACAGCAAUUGCUGGAGCAAUCAUAGGAGCUGCAGUUGGAGGAUGGAUCAAUGACAGGUUUGGAAGGAGAGUAGCAAUAAUUAUUGCAGAUACCCUCUUUUUAAUAGGGUCUGUAAUCAUGGCUGCUGCUCCAAAUCCAGCUAUUCUCUUAUUUGGUAGAGUUUUUGUUGGAUUUGGUGUUGGCAUGGCUUCAAUGGCUUCCCCUUUGUACAUUUCUGAGGCUUCCCCAACUAGAGUGAGAGGAGCACUUGUCAGUCUCAACAGUUUUCUUAUAACUGGAGGACAGUUCCUUUCCUACCUCAUCAACUUGGCCUUCACUAAUGCACCAGGGACAUGGAGAUGGAUGUUAGGGGUAGCAGCAGCACCUGCUAUAAUACAAAUUGUGCUGAUGUUGUCACUCCCUGAGUCUCCUCGUUGGCUGUACCGGAAGGGUAGGGAGGAAGAAUCAAAAUCAAUUCUGAAGAAGAUUUACGCUCCAGAGGAUGUUGACGCUGAAAUUGAAGCGUUAAAGGAAUCAGUUGAAUCUGAAAUUGAGGAAUCAAAAACAUCAAAGAUAAGCAUGAUGACACUUUUGAAAACCACAACUGUUAGAAGAGGUCUUUAUGCAGGGAUGGGACUCCAAUUCUUCCAGCAGUUUGUGGGAAUCAACACUGUAAUGUACUACAGUCCCACCAUUGUUCAACUUGCUGGUUUUGCAUCUAACAGGACAGCCCUGCUUCUGUCACUAAUCACCUCUGGCCUAAAUGCUUUUGGUUCCAUUUUGAGCAUAUAUUUCAUUGACAAGACUGGCAGAAAAAAACUUGCCCUGAUCAGUUUAUGUGGUGUUGUGCUUUCCCUGGCUCUUCUUACUGUCGCUUUUCGUGAGAGUGAGCUUCAUGCUCCAACAGUUAGUGCCAUUGAAACCUCUCAUUACAAUAACACAUGCCCUGAUUUCAGAGCAGCUGUGAACCCUGGUAGAUGGACUUGCAUGACUUGCCUAAAGGCUUCACCAUCUUGUGGUUUUUGUGCUGCUUCUCCUAACAAGCUCUUACCUGGGGCAUGUUUGAUUUCCGAUGACACUACAAAGGAUAUGUGUGGAAAUGAUCACAGGGCAUGGUACACUAGGGGAUGUCCAAGUAAAUUUGGUUGGGCUGCUCUAGUUGGGCUUGCUCUCUACAUCAUUACCUUCUCACCAGGGAUGGGGACAGUUCCAUGGGUUAUCAACUCUGAGAUCUAUCCCUUGAGGUAUAGAGGGGUUUGUGGAGGAAUUGCAUCCACCACUGUUUGGAUUUCCAACUUAAUUGUUUCACAGUCUUUUCUGUCCUUGACACAAACUAUUGGGACAGCAUGGACAUUCAUGAUGUUUGGAAUUUUGGCUGUUGUAGCCAUUUUCUUUGUCAUUGUUUUUGUGCCUGAGACCAAAGGGGUUCCAAUGGAGGAAGUGGAGAAGAUGCUGGAACAAAGAUCUCUGCAGUUCAAGUUUUGGCAGAAGAGAGAUUCUGGCUCUGAGAAGCACUAACUCAGGAAAAAAAUUACUGAGUUGAAUUUUAUGAUUAGUUUUAUGUAGCUUUAAAUAGUGAAGCAUGUGUCUGGUGUAUUUGGCAAUGGUUUUCCUUGGUGUAAGGUUUGCUGGUAGUUUAGCAUUUUAAUUAGGUGAAAUGUGUAGUUAAUUAGUUGGAUUGCUGAAAAUCCUUAUCAAAUCCAUAAAGGAUUGAAUUGAUAAUACUCUUCACUAAAGAAAUAAUAAAAUGUAUUGACUAUUAAGUGA